CAGGGUCAUCACGAGCGGUUGUUUAAUCAACGCUCGAGCCAUGUGUUCCGUGUGCAUUGUUUAGCUCAUUUUGGCGAACGAAGUUGUCUCGAAAACAAGCGCUGUACCAUGAAUAUAUGUGUAAACUUCACUUGCGCCCAUUGGUAGGCAAACUAUACAAACAAACAGUUUCGAAGUGACCGUUAUACUGAACUGAAAGCAGAAAAAGAUUGCUUUGAUAUGCAUUCAUUUGGAUGUGUACUCUAAAACGCGCGCAUGUCAAAUUAUCAUAAAAUUUCAAUAUUUAUUUUAAGAGUGUGGACCAAUUUUAUAACUGUCAGAUCUGUUCGGAAGUAACCUAGUUCAUCUGGAAUAAGUUUCCCAGGAAACUUAAAUGUAGCUACGAUGGGCACGACGUCUGCUUUGAAAUAGCAAGUCCCUAUCUAAUAGUUGACUCUAUUAAGGCAAAGAAAGAGUGCAAUUAAAUUUAUUGAAUUUCGUGUACCAGUUACGUGUGUAUGUUCCUAUAUUCCGCUAGAAAAAAAAAAGGCCCAAAAUGAACUGUUAAAGAAUUGGAUUACGUGAAUCGAGGCGAACGUUGCGGCCAUGUGAAUGGAAAAUACGUGUCAAAUAAUCCAUGACGGAUUACCAAUUAUCGAUGGAAGAUAUCCACCUAUUGCGUCAGUGGUUCCCACGGGUUAUUUUUCUUCUCAGCUGUUUAGGUUGUUUCGAACCAGGUAGAGCGUUUGGACAGCGCGUUAUCUUUACCGGAGUAAGAAUACUCGGUAAAGAAGCUGAUGAGCAACUCAGUGUGACAACAAUAACUUACGCGCAGCCAGCACAUGAAGAGCUUAUUUUAGAUUGCCUAUAUCAUAUUCAAGCUUUGGACAACACGUUGUCUUCAUCAACUGUCAAUAAUACGAUUGCUACUCGGAUCAUCAGCAAUGACCUCGUUGUGAAAUGGUUUCGCAAUGAGGAAGCAGCGCCAUUUUAUACUUGGAUUUCCGCAACUGGAUCCCGACUUUUCCAUCAUGCGUAUUUAGAUCUUAUCGAUUCACGUUAUAAAUACAACGAUGCCCCUAAGGAAAUGUUUCGCGCUGUAAGGUUUCCGCGAGCAGUAAAAGAGCUUUCGGGUAAUUUUACCUGUGAAGUCCUCGAUGCUCAAGGUGGUGACGUGGCCACUGACGAAAACGAGCUUUCAUUUGAUACAUCAGCGAAGGACCACCUAGAAUUGUACAUAUACGACGUUCCUUCCGUAUUCGAGUUACGAUUAAAUCUGUCGCAAAGGACACUGCACUGUCUAGCUAGUACUCGGGAAGAACCUUCUCAGCUGCGACUGGAUCUUUAUCAGAUAGACUACGAUGCUGUUGAGCGUCCGUUUGCAAGAACUGAUUUUAACAGUAGCGGUAUCAGUUCAGGACAAACCCGGAAAGGAAAUCAAGGAAUUGUAGUUAUCGAGGGCACAGUGGCUCUUCAGAAUGAAGACGUCGUCGUUCCGAGAAUCGGGAAUAGCCGGACAUUUUUCUGCGACCUCAUAUUUACACGCAUAAGACGCACAGUCAAACCCGUUAUCUUUCGAAGAACGAUACGCAUCGUGCAUGAAGGGACUGAUACUGACUACGGUGAACCGUACGGCAUGCCUGAGGCGGCUGCAUGGAGCGGCAGUGAUUCGUCUGCAGCGACAGUAAGGACAGCAGCAGGUCCAACAUCUCCACAAUACUUCCAUUUGUUGUUCGACAGACGGAAAAAGGUGCUAAUGGCCUGGGAUUCAGGCCUAUUCAUUCAAAUCAUCUCGCUGUACAUAACGCUACUGACACUCGCUGUGAAUAUAUCUACCACCUUUACGAUGUAGGCAAAGAAGCAUAACGCGAGAAUGAAACCGAAGAAGCUUAGGGGAAACGGAGGCGCUAGACAUUGUACA